AUGUCGGCCGCCCCUGCCUACAGCGAGGACAAGGGCAGCUCCGCGGGCCCCGGGGAGCCCGAGUACGGCCACGACCCGGCGAGUGGUGGCAUCUUUUCCUCCGACUACAAGCGGCAUGAUGACCUGAAGGAGAUGCUGGAUAGCAACAAGGAUUCCCUCAAGCUGGAGGCCAUGAAGAGGAUCGUGGCGAUGAUAGCCCGGGGAAAGAACGCCUCAGACCUGUUUCCCGCUGUGGUGAAGAACGUGGCCUGUAAGAACAUAGAGGUGAAGAAGCUUGUUUACGUGUACCUGGUGCGCUACGCUGAGGAGCAGCAAGACCUGGCCCUGCUGUCCAUCUCCACCUUCCAGCGUGGCCUAAAGGACCCCAACCAGCUGAUUCGGGCCAGUGCCCUCCGCGUCCUCUCUAGCAUCCGCGUGCCCAUCAUAGUGCCCAUCAUGAUGCUGGCCAUCAAGGAAGCUGCCUCGGACAUGUCACCCUACGUGCGGAAAACAGCUGCCCAUGCCAUCCCUAAACUCUACAGGUAUGCCCCAGCCCUGCCCUUCACGCCUCCGGAGCGUGGCUCCCCAGCUCCCAGCCCACCCCUGGCUCCUUCCAGUGAGGUGCAGUAUGUCGUACUCCAGAAUGUGGCCACCAUGUCCAUCAAACGCCGGGGGAUGUUUGAGCCCUACCUGAAGAGCUUCUACAUCAGGUCUACCGACCCCACCCAGAUCAAGGUCCUGAAGCUGGAAGUGUUGACCAACCUGGCCAACGAGACCAACAUCCCCACGGUCCUGCGGGAAUUCCAGACCUACAUUCGCAGCAUGGACAAGGACUUUGUGGCAGCCACGAUCCAGGCCAUUGGACGCUGUGCAACUAACAUAGGCCGAGUCCGGGACACCUGCCUCAACGGCCUGGUGCAGUUGCUGUCCAACCGUGAUGAGCUGGUGGUCGCAGAGUCUGUGGUCGUCAUUAAGAAGCUGUUACAGAUGCAGCCGGCACAGCACGGAGAGAUCAUCAAACACUUGGCAAAGCUCACAGACAAUAUCCAGGUGCCCAUGGCCCGAGCCAGCAUCCUGUGGCUCAUUGGAGAGUACUGUGAGCAUGUCCCCAAGAUUGCACCUGACGUCCUGAGAAAAAUGGCCAAGUCCUUCACAGCAGAGGAAGAUAUUGUCAAGCUGCAAGUCAUCAACUUGGCGGCCAAACUCUACCUGACUAACUCUAAGCAGGUAAAGAUUGACAGAUGCCCCCUAAAGCACUGCUCCCCAGAAAUGGUCCAGGCUGUGUUCUGUGGGCCCGCACCAGUCCCAAGGCAAUGCCUCACUGCCACCCUGUCCCCAGACCGGGACCACUUCCAGCUGGGCUCCCUGUCCCACCUGCUCAAUGCCAAGGCCACAGGCUACCAGGAGCUCCCAGACUGGCCAGAAGAAGCCCCAGACCCAUCUGUGCGCAAUGUGGAGGUACCUGAAUGGACCAAGUGCUCAAACCGGGAGAAGAGGAAGGAGAAGGAGAAACCCUUCUAUUCAGACUCUGAGGGGGAGUCAGGCCCCACAGAGUCUGCAGACAGCGAACCCGAGUCCGAGAGUGAAUCGGACAGCAAGAGCAGCAGUGAGAGCGGCUCCGGGGAGUCGAGCAGCGAGUCCGACAAUGAAGACGAGGAUGAGGAGAAGGGAAGGAGCAGUGAGAGUGGGCAGAGUGAGGAGGAAGGUGAAAAGAGGAAGAUGAAGAAGAGGAAGAAGGCGCCAGAAGGACAAGGAGAAGGGUCAUCCUCAGAGGAGGGCAGCGACUCCAGCAGUAGCUCAUCAGAGUCUGACAUGUCGUCAGAGACCGAGGAGGAGCCAGUGGAACCUGCCUCCUGGAGGAAAAAGACACCUCGCAGUAGCAAAAGUGCCCCUGCAGCCAAGGAGAUCUCUCUGCUUGACCUAGAGGACUUCACCCCUCCCAGUGUCCAGCCUGUGUCUCCCCCCACGGUUGUGUCCACCAGUCUGGCUGCUGACCUGGAGGGCCUGACACUCACAGACUCCCCGCUGGUGCCCUCGCUGCUGAGCCCAGUGUCGGGUGUCAGGAGGCAGGAACUGUUGCACCGCGUAGCUGGAGAGGGGCUAGCUGUGGACUACACCUUCAGCCGCCAGCCUUUCCCCGGGGACCCCCACAUGGUGUCUGUGCACAUCCACUUCUCCAACAGCUCUGAUAGCCCCAUCAAGGGCCUGCAUGUGGGCACUCCCAAACUGCCAGCUGGCAUCAGCAUCCAGGAAUUUCCUGAAAUUGAGUCCCUGGCACCUGGAGAGUCUGCCACUGCUGUCAUGGGCAUUAAUUUCUGUGACUCAACCCAGGUGGCCAACUUCCAGCUGUGCACCCAAACACGACAGUUCUACGUCUCCAUUCAGCCACCUGUUGGGGAGCUGAUGGCCCCCGUGUUCGUGAGUGAGAAUGAGUUCAAGAAGGAACAGGGGAAGCUGAUGGGCAUGAACGAGAUCACAGAGAAGCUGACGCUGCCGGACACGUGUCGAAGUGACCACAUUGUGGUACAGAAAGUGACCGCCACUGCCAACCUGGGCCGUGUCCCUUGUGGGACGUCUGAUGAGUACAGGUUUGCAGGGAGGACGUUGGCCAGCGGGAGCCUGGUCCUGCUGACCCUGGAUGCACGGCCCGCUGGACCUGCCCAGCUGACAGUCAACAGCGAAAAGAUGGUGAUUGGCACCAUGCUGGUGAAGGACGUGGUACAGGCCCUGACCCAGUGAUGCCCAAGUGCUGUAACUUCUUUGACCCCCACUUGUCCCUCCCUUGUGACAUCUGGGCUGUUCGCCCCGUUCUCUCUCUCUCUCUCUCUCUCUCUCUCUCUCUCUCUCUCUCUCUCUCUCUCACUCACACACACACACACACACACCCAUGUCAGGUAGCAUCCAGGGGUUCCUUCCUCCCUCUGGUCAUUAUCGGGCUUCCUCCCAGUUUCCCUCCUCAUGGGGUCCUUAGUGAAUUUAGUGUGCAGACGGAGAUAGCAGCCCCUCCCCAUCAGUCUUCCCAGCUUUAUGUAGCUAUUUAUGUAGUAAAAUCUCAAUAAAUGUCUUCUCCCUUGA